CUGGUGUUCGUAGCUAUGACAGGAAGGACAAGUGCGGAUUAUGAGCACGUAUUAAAAGCCAUCAAACGAGGUUUAAGAAAUCAACAAGAGGUUGAAGAGGUAGUCUGUGACUUCGAAAAGGCCAUCUGGAAAGCCAUGAGGCGGGUUUUCCCGACCGUACUCAUGAAGGGUUGUUCAUUCCAUUGGGGCCAGGCUGUUUGGCGUCAUAUACAGGGACUUGGGUUGUCCACGGAAUACAUGAAUAACCACGGGACGUACUCUCUUCUGCGCAUGAUAUUCUGUCUGCCUUUUCUACCCGCUGAACAUAUCAUCGAAGUGUUCGACAAGAUGGAAGAUUUCAACACGUCUGAACAUCUUGAACCAUUGUUCCAGUACCUUAGAAGAACGUGGUUCGAAUCCUCAACGUGGACUGUCGAAAACUGGAGCGUAUUUGGACAGUCCGUCCGAACAAACAACGAUUGCGAAGGUAAAUUUAAUAUUGCAAUGUAUAAUGAUACAAUGUAUAUAAAUUUUAGUAAAAUUGUAAAUGUUAUCGACAUUUGA